CCCGGCCGCCGCUUUAAAUUAAACAAUACGCGGGCUCUGUGCGCUUAAAUUGGCUUUGUAAUGCGCGCGGGACAGUCAGUUAUAUGAGAAUACGCGGCCAGUCGUUUUAUCGAGCAAUUAUAGUACACGCUGAAUUAAACUGGAAAUCAUCGGAAUAUUUUAGGAUGCGGAUAUUACGCCGGGGCAUAGUGCAAAAAAUUGCAUUGACUACAUGUUUACUGCUACUGGUUAUCACCCUAUGUAUGCUUAAUUGGGAACGCGAUGUUGAUAAAAGCGUUAAAAUAAAGAUUAUUGAGCGAUCAAUACGCUCGCCAAUGAACCAAGGGGAGUGUCGGCGCCCCCAUUUAGCGCUGGACAAUCCAGAUAUCAUGAAAUUCUACAAACAAGUUGCUAAAAUAAAUUGUGGUGAUGGGCUCGAUUGGAUUAUGUGUGAGAAAUCUAUAUGUUUUGUUAGGCCCGAAAUCAGUGCUAGUCAUGACGAUAUAACAUGUUCCUAUACAGAUAUUAUACGAAAAUCUGACUAUAAAGUGCGGUUUGGUCGUACAUUAAAAUUAAAAGAACCCUAUGUGCUGCAAAAAAGCGAUUUUGUUAAGGUCGUUUGCCAUGCCAGUGAUGGACAGAGUUGGUUUGGUAUGGCUUUUGGCAUACGCGACACUGUCCAACGCCCACUUGCUGCCAAUUUUGCACCGAACCUUGCCGUGAUGCCACCCGAAGCGGUGGCGCAAGCUCAUCAACAAUUACAGCUUCAGGAUGUACCCACCGCCGCAUUUUACAACGUAUUAAUGCUGGGCUUCGAUUCGCUUAGCCGCAAUGCUUUUCUGCGCAAAUUGCCGCGCACGUACAGCUAUUUAAAACAGCUUGGCACAGUUGUCCUGCAGGGCUACAAUAUAGUGGGCGAUGGCACGCCCCAGGCACUGGUGCCCCUUCUGACAGGGUACACAGAGCUGGAGUUACCCGAGACAAGAAAGCGCAUGUCCAACUCGGGGAGCGUUGAUUCGUAUCCAAUGAUUUGGCAGGAUUUUGCGCGUCUGGGGUACAUGACGUCAUUCAAUGAGGAUUUGCCCAAUGUCGGUACAUUUACGUAUCGCAUGAACGGCUUUGAAGAACAGCCAGUGGAUCAUUAUCUACGCACCUACUAUGUGCAAGCCCAGAAUAUGCUUAGUGACAGCCCUCCUAAUUGCGUAGGACAUCAGCCCGAUCAUAUGGUUAUGCUAGAAUACACAAAAAAUUUUAUGAUGAAAUAUCGGGAUUCACCCCGCUUUGUCUUCAGUUUUCACGGCGGCUUAUCGCACGAUUCCAUAAACUUAAUCGGUGCAGCCGACGAUGACGUUCACGAUUGGCUGGUGGCGCUAAAAGAGAAAAAUCUGCUGGAUGAUACUAUACUGAUUGUAAUGGCAGAUCACGGCAAUCGAUUUGCGGAGGUGCGCGCCACACUUCAAGGCAAGCAGGAGGAACGUUUACCCUUUUUCAGCUUUACAUUUCCCGAGUCCUUUAAGAAACGUUUUCCGAAGGAAUAUAACAACUUCGUUGCAAACGAGCAGAGCCUCAGUACACCAUUCGAUAUACAUGCCACGCUCAAGCACAUUAUAAAAUUACAAACAGCUAGCGCUGAGGAGCUUGCAGCCGAGUCCACUUACGACAGCGGCACUCUGGACACUAAAACGGAGACAAAUAAGGCGUCCAUACACAUCUCAAAGCUGGCGAGCGGACGUGCGAUCUCACUAUUCGAGCCCAUUCCCAGCAAUCGAAGCUGUGCCGAUGCCUACAUAGAACCGCACUGGUGUGCCUGCCUCAAUUGGCUGCCCUUACAGCUGAACGAUACUAAAUAUAUGGGCAUUAUCAUAAAAGUGGCGGACAGCAUCAUCACCUCCAUUAAUGCGGCAACAGAAUCGCGUCGGGAGUUUUGCGCACAGCUGACACUAAAGAAGGUAAACUGGGCUUUGCGUCUGCAGCCACACAAAGAAUUGCUGCAGUUUAAGACGAAUAGCGACAAGGAUGGCUUCUUGGCCGAUAUGAGCGGCCAGACGGUGGUUCACGAGGAAAUGUAUCAGUUGCAAAUUGUCACGCAGCCCGGGGAAGCGCUGUAUGAGGCGAGUGUCGCCUACAAUUUGCACACAUUCAGUGCCACAACGAAACUUACGGAUAUCUCUCGUGUCAAUAAGUACGGCGACCAGGCGAAGUGCAUAUACGAGCGUGAUCCAGAAUUGCGAAAAUUUUGCUACUGCCGUGACUAGUCAUUACAAAGUAAUUAACAAUGCAAUUAAUGAUAACUUUACAAACUUAAAUAAGUAGCACAUGCACUAGUCAAUCAAAUACUAAAUCAAGGUAAGCUGUGCUGCUACUUCAUAAAUUUUAAAAAAUUUAUGAGAUUUCGUAUCAUAUUCUCAUUGUCCAGUGUUGGAUGACAUUAUAAUAUUCACAAAACUUCAACAACUUCAUAACAUAUUUCAUCUCAAAAUGAAAUGACCUAA